CCCAGCCAGCCCAGCAUUUCCGCGUGCCCCUCCCCCCUCUCUGCAGCAAGGGCGGCCAAAAAUAAAUAAAAGAGAAUGACCCUAGACCACUUUAACCCUGGGGGUCCCGUCAUCCUCAAGUGGGACCCCAAAAACCUCGAGAUUCGCACCAUGUCGGUGGAGAAGACUCUCGAGCCAUUGGUCAUUCAGGUCACGACCCUCGUCAACACCAAAGGCCCCUCCAAGAAGAAGAAAGGGCGGAGCAAGCGCGCCCACGUGCUGGUUGCGGCAGUGGAGGCGGCCACACGGAACUUCAUUGAGCGCGGGGAAGAGAUCGCCUAUGAAAACCCUGACAUCAAGGGUGAGAUGCUGGGGGCCGUCGAGGAGGUUCGCAAGACAGGAGAUACCAUGUCGCGAGCUGCCCGGGAGUUUGCCGAAGACCCCUGUAGCAGUGUGAAGCGCGGCAACAUGGUGCGGGCUGCUAGGAACCUCCUCUCAGCUGUCACGCGCCUACUCAUUUUGGCUGACAUGGUGGACGUCCACCGGCUCCUCAAGAGUUUACAAGUGGUGAGUUUCACAGAUUGGGUUUUGGGUUUGGGUUACCGCAUUCAGAGAAGGCUUAAGGAUUGGAAUAUGGAUGUUCAUCACAAAACACACAGCCACACGCACUUACAACUCGUCGUUACCCCAAGAACCCCAAGUGAACCUCACAACACAGCAGCGCAAGCCCAGAACGAGCGAACAGAACCCAAGGACUCCCGUACACACUCCUCACUCGCAACACAGAUCUCUCAACACAAACUCCAUGAUGCAUCCUCACCAUCCUUCCAUGCUGUGGGUACCUCUGUGAUCUUAGCCAUUAGUUAUAUCACAUGCUUCUGGCUGAUGUUUUUUGAGCUGGCAGUAACACUGCUUGAAGUUGAGAAGUAUGGCUUUGUGCAGAUUAUGAUUGCAUUCUUCAGUUUGCUGGCCAAAAGCUACAAUUUGGCUCCAAAUCAGCAGCCUAGCAGGUACACUGGCUUUGCACACAAGUUUAGGUGGGGAAAAAAAGUGAAGCAAACAAACCUACUUUUAAGCCCACUCCAAGUCUUACGGCACACUCCAACCCCCCAAUCAACCUCACAGGCGUACGUGCGGCACCCAGAACUGGCAGCAGCGAAGGCCAACCGCGACUUUGUGUUCAAGCAAGUGUGUGAGGCAGUGAACACCAUCAGUGAUGUAGCCCAGGGUAAGGCCACCGGGGCGGGCCAAAUGCCCUACGAAGGCCCGGGAGAGCUGGCUUCGGCCCUCGAUGACUUUGACGAACGUAUUAACAUGGACCCACUGACCUACAACGAAGUGCGAACCCGUCCUUCCCUUGAGGAGCGUCUAGAAUCCAUCAUCAGCGGAGCAGCACUCAUGGCAGACUCAUUCUGCACAAGAGACGACAGGAGGCUCAAGAUCGUUGAGGAAUGUAACGCUGUGAGACAGGCCCUCCAGGACCUGCUGACUGAAUAUAUGGAUAAUAUGGGACGCAAACAGCCCUCUGAAAACCUGGACAAGGCAAUUGAUCACAUGUAUCGCAAGACCAAGGACCUUAGACGUCAACUGCGUAAAGCUGUAGUUGAUCACGUUUCAGAUAGUUUCUUAGAGACAAAUGUACCACUGCUAGUUUUAGUUGAAGCUGCAAGGAACGGCAAUGAGAAGGAAGUGGAGGAGUACGCUCAGGUCUUUACUGAACAUGCAAACAAGCUAGUGGAGGUUGCAAACUUGGCCUGCACCAUGUCCAACAAUGAGGAUGGUGUGAAGAUGGUGCGCUAUGGUGCAGCACAGAUAGAACACCUCUGCCCUCAGGUCAUCAAUGCUGCACGUAUUCUUGCAGCACGGCCCAAGUCCAAGGUUGCUCAGGAGAACAUGGAUGCCUUUAAGGAUGCCUGGGAGAACCAGGUGCGCAUCCUUACAGAGUCUGUGGAUGACAUCACAACCAUUGAUGACUUCCUUGCUGUAUCGGAGAGUCACAUAUUAGAGGAUGUGAAGACGUGUGUACGAGCCAUCAACGAAGGUGACCCUGACACACUAGACCGCAUUGCUGGUGCUAUUCGGGGCCGGUCUGCCCGUGUGUGCCAUGUGGUUGCAGCAGAAAUGGAUAACUAUGAGCCCUGCAUGUACACUGACCGAGUCUUGGAGGCAGUAAAGGUGUUGAGAGACCAGGUGCUGCCAAACUUUGCCCAGCGAGUGGACGUGGCAGUUGAGGUCCUAAGCAGUACACCAGGCAAAGAGGUGGACGAGAAUGAGUUUAUUGAUGCCUCACACUUGGUGUACGACGGAGUGCGAGAGAUCCGCAUGGCUGUGCUGAUGAAUAAGGCAGAUGAUGAGUUAGAUCCUGAUGAUGUGUUGAUGGAUGAGUAUCACACUUUGGAGAUCAGAAGCAAGUCGAGUGCACACACUGUGGACACAACCAUUGACGAGUACCCAGGUGUCAGUGGCAUCACGACGGCCAGAGAUGCCAUGAGAAACCUGAGCGAGGAGGACAAGGACAAGAUUGCCCAACAGGUGGAGAACUUCAGGUUGGAGAAGGUCAAGUUCGACCAGGAGGUGGCCAAGUGGGAUGACACAGGCAACGACAUCAUUGUCCUGGCUAAGCACAUGUGCAUGAUUAUGAUGGAGAUGACAGAUUUUACCAGGGGUCGAGGACCACUCAAGACUACCAUGGAUGUGAUCAAUGCUGCAAAGAAGAUUUCAGAGGCAGGCACAAAGUUGGACAAGCUCUCCCGUCAGAUUGCCGACCAGUGCCCUGAGUCGCGCACCAAGGAUGACAUGUUGGCAUACCUUGACCGCAUUGCUCUCUACUGCCACCAGCUCAACAUCACCUCCAAGGUCAAGGCUGAUGUGCAGAACAUCUCUGGAGAGCUCAUUGUGUCUGGGCUGGACUCCGCCACCUCCCUCAUCCAAGCAGCUAAGAACCUUAUGAAUGCCGUGGUCCUUACUGUCAAAUGCUCCUAUGUGGCCUCCACCAAAUACCCACGGCAAGGAACCAUCGCACCUACCCACCCUCCUGGGGGAAGGUCGGCCUCGCCAAUUGUGGUGUGGAAGAUGAAGGCCCCCGAGAAAAAGCCACUAGUGAGACGCGAGAAGGCAGAGGACGUGCGGGCCAAGGUGCGCAAGGGUAGCCAGAAGAAGCAGGUCUCAGCCCUCAAGGCGCUCGCUGAGUUCCAGAGUCCAGCAGACGCAAUCUAGGGUUCCGAUUUCCUCCCAUAGGUCCAAAGGUCUUAGCAGAAGUAAUUGUGCGUGCACUUGUUAACUUCGCCAUGUAAAUGAUAGGGAGUUUCUUGAGUUUUCAGACGUUUCUUUUUCAACAGCGUCCCUAAGAUACCUCUGGCUCUGUCUGUGGCCGUAAAGAGGCAGAAAUUCUCUGGGAUUUGUUAUGUUAAUCUUUCCUUUCUCCCUCCUCCCUUUCCCUAGCCCAUGAUUUCUUCCCUCCCCUCAAAGGUAUGGGUGGUAGGUGACUGUUUUUAGCAUAUUGAGGAAAAUGCUAGCAAGUUAAAUGUUAUAUAAUGGCAGGAAUGGUACUGAAAGAAAUGGAGAAAGAUAAGAACAGGGAGUGAAGGGGAGGGAGGAAUUAGAAUAAAAUGAAUCGCUAAAUGUGAGAUUGUAAUUGUAAAGAAGUACGAGGGAAAAAUAUGAAGAGAGGGAGGUAGUAAGGAAAAUAGAGAUAGAUUUUAAAAGUGAGAGAAAAAAUAUGAGAUUUGAAUGGUCUUUCAUCAACUUUCAUUCUUUUGAUUAAGAAAUCUGUGAUUUUCACUCUCACUGAUGGUAGUUAAACUAGAGAAUUUGUGUGUUAGAGCAGAAUUCUUGGAAAAGUAUAAAAUAAUUGGAAUUCAAUUUCAUCUUGUUUGGCAUUUUGAAUGUUCUAUAUAUAUUUGUCAGAUGUGAAGAAAGAUUCUAGGAAUCACAAGAGCUUAAGGUAAAAAGAAAAAGAAAACGUGAAAAUGAUCAUAUUCCACAGAUUCUCCCACAUCAGCUCUUGUUGUGCCGCAGUUUGCACCUCAUGAGCGAUGGGAUGCUUGCCAGUCUAGAGUAGGAAGGCAUUAUUAGUUUCAGAUUUUAUAAAAAUAAUUACCCAAAAUUACAUCCACACUAUUGUUAUUAAAAAAAAAAGAAAAAAAAUGUAGUGAUGUUCAAGCUAAAAAGAGAGAACAAAAAAAGUUCAAGCCUUUUUUUGCUCUCUUUUGAUGUACCAUGAUGGCAAAAAGACUGGAAACAAACCAUUUUGCGGUCUUGUUCAAAUACUCUCUUACUGAGAUCAUUAGAUAGUACAUUAUUAUGUAGAGAUGAUAAUUCAUAUCUGAAGCUGUGGGUUGAGUUUAUCUUUUUUUCUUUUAUCUUAAUAUUUUUUAAAUGUAUUUUGAAUAUGUUUUGUAAAACAUGUGCUGCCCCAAUCCCAUUUAUACAGUGACAGCACAGUAGUAUCCUUGUUGUUAUAGUUACUAAUAUAAGUUCUGUGAUUAUUAUAUAUUGAGAAUUAUUAUAAUUAUCAGUAUUUUAAUUGUUGCUUAUGUGAAGUAUAUAUAUAUUUUUUUUAUGAUCAUCGCCACUUGAAGUAUUGCCAUUUUUAUUUAUCAGCUUUUUAGGCUUUGAGUUACUGUUCCUAAUUGAUUAUUGUAUAAAAGGACAUUCAUAGUUUGUCAAUUAUUGUGUUAGUUAUAUCAUUGCUACAUGAGUGUUGAAAGGAACCAAUAAAAUCAAUAAAAGAUUUUUUAGUACUUACGAGGACCAAGAAAAACAAGAAAGAAAAGAAACUACCAUGCACUUGGUAGAAGACAAAGUAAAUAUGUAUAGUCGUCCAUUCUUGGACAUUUUAUGUUAGGAUGUCCACAAGGGUAAAUAGAAAAUAAAAGGUAUUUGUUAUAUAUACCUACAUACUGUGCGUAUACAUAUAUGAGUAUAUAUAUCUAUACGUUAUGUUUCUGUGUGUGUAGAAUGAACUGCACUGUCAGGUAUAAUCCAAAGAGAAUGUGGCAGUUUUUGCAAUAAUUCAUGUUUGUUUAAUUAUAAGACUUACUAUUCCAAUGGUAUACAUAGAAAAGAAAAGAAGAAGAAAAAAAAAAAAAACUUUAUUUAUCAGAAAGAAAGUAUGAUAAGAGAGGCAAAGAUGGUACAAAGAUGAAGCAGUUAAGUUACCAGGAACUUUUUUAUGAAAAGACUGAUGGUAACUUGUUCUUCCCAUGAUAUCAUUCCAAAUUUAUAUUUUUCCUUUCAAGUCUCUCCUCAUCAUAUUGUUCAUUAGGGUAUAAGUAAAGUUUUCCUUCAUUGAUUCUGUUUUUGGCUCCGGGUCUGUGCUGUAGCCUCCCCCAAAGCCCCCCCUCCUGGCUGCUGCACGUCACACACGUAGCCAAGUUACAUGCUCUUUUACUACUGCGUGCUUGUGAACUCUUUUCUGUGUUCCACUUUUGGUGCGCUCUUCCCCUCCAUGUCCUUUAGAAUAGGAGAGAGAAGAAACCACUUUUAAUUCAUCUUUUCUCUUCUUCUGAAGGGGGGGGUGGGGUAAGCAGCCUUGAACACCUUUUGAUAUUUCAUUCUUGCAUAUCAUGUUUCAUUGUACAUUAUGAUGAAUUUCGUAAGAACUGUACUGUAUGUAGCACUCGGCAGCUUUUUGUAUAUUGGUAGGUUAAGUUUCUCGUUGGUGGGAUCAUUGAAUUAGGCAGAGUGGGCACCAAAGCAGGUCGUAAGGCAUGUUCAAUCAGGGAGACUUUAUAAUUUAUUUUGUUAUAUUUCCAGGAACAUGUUGAAGAAAUUGUAAUGGUUAGGUAAAUGAUAAUUAUAUUACAAAAAAAACAAGGUAAUAAUGAUAGGGUAUGGCAUUGUGUAAAUCUUUAUGAUAAAUCUUGGAUGAUUUUAAUGUUGACAAUGAUAAAGAAAGUGCUUCAAAGAAAGUAUAUUUAUUCAUUGGUAACAUUUUGUCAUUGUGUUCCAUAGCACUUGCAUUUGAUUAAACUUUUUUCAGUAGCAGUGUCACAAGGCUUUAUAUAGUAAGGUUAACAGAUACUAUUAUGAUUUCAUAGCUGUUGAAAGUGUAUCUUUUGUGUAAAAUAUUCAGAAAUGUAGAUAGUGCUAGGUGUAGCACAGGCAUUAUUGAAAUAUUUUUGGUUGCACAGUUUUUGGAUCAUCAGAAACAUUAAACAUGUUUUAAAAAGUUUCAGUUGUAUCGUCAUGAUUUAUUAUCCAUGAAUAUUUUUUCUAUCCAUAAAAUACCAUGUACUUGGGUGCCAAAAUAUAUGUAAAAGAUCCAA